AUGUCCGAACGACCCUCCGAUCUUGUAGUAAACAGGCUGGUGCUUUUCGUGGUCAAAGGCACCGCCACGUCCACGCACAACACCGUCAAACCGUUGAUCCUACUCGAAGAGCUCGGACUUCCUCAUGAUAUCUACGUCGUCGAAAAGGUGUCUGCCCCCUGGUUCAGCGAGAUCAAUCCUCACAAGAUGGUGCCCGCCAUCUUGGACCGCUCCCCCGACGGCCAGGACACCCUCCGCGCCUGGGAAUCGACCUCCACCCUGAUGUACAUUGCCGAUGCAUACGACAAAGACGGGACCUUCGGCGGACGCAACGUGCAGGAGAGGUCUGAAAUCAACAACUGGUUGACUCUGCAUACGGCGGCUCUGGGGCCAACGGCCAAGUACUGGCUGUAUUUUUAUAAGCUGCAUCCGGAGAAGUUGCCCAAAACUAUUGAAAAACUGCGCAGCAACAUUACGGUGCAAUAUGAUAUUCUGGAACGUCGGCUCAAUGAACCCGGCCAGCAGUACCUGGCUCUGAAGGACCGACCGACCAUUGCGGAUAUCGCCACCUUGCCCUUUGCCAUGAAAUCCACGGCGGAACUGUUUGGUCUGGAGUUUGAGAGAUGGCCAAAGCUGCAGGAGUGGUCGGUUCGCAUGAGUGAACGUGAGGCCGUCAAACGGGCAUGGCAGCGCGUCGCCGGUUUUGGACACGGCGAGAAGGAGUAUGGAAUGUUAGAGGCGUGA